UGUACUUUUUAUACUUGUUUUUUCCUGUCUUCUUUUAUUGCAUGAUGUGUUGUGACUUGUAUUGACAGGGAGUUAGAAAAUAUAUUACAAAAUUGCCACCAAAUAUGCCCCACUGAAUUUAUUUAAUUUUUCCUGUUUUCUUCUAUUGUAAGCAAUUUCUUUAUUUUUUAUGCUUGUUUUUUCCUGUUUUCUUCUAUUGCAUGAUGUGUUGUUUUCCUUGUAUUGACAGGGAGUUAGAUAAUAUAUUACGAAAUUGUCACUGUCUAUUUUUUCAUGUUUUGCCUUGAUACAUUUUUGUGCAUUAGUUGAUGAUAUGAUAGUUAAAUAUGUAUAUAUGAAGUUUGAUGCCAUUGGUACUGCAUUUGGGGCUUAAUUUGAAAAAAUGGAAGCAUAGUGUAAUUUGGAGUUUUUAUGUUUUUUAGGUUUAUUUUUAGUUAGGAUGGAAAAAGCUGCAUUUAAGAUUCGAUAUGGAGGCCAAUGGGUUGAAGGUGAUGAUAAUGUCACAAAAUAUGUUGGUGGGAAUGAGAGAGGGAUUUGUAUUGACCCAAAUGUUGAUUUUGAUGGAUUCAUUGGAAGAAUCAGCUCUCGUCUAAGACUCGAUCAAAGACAGUCAAUUGUGCGUGUAUUUACAGUAGGUGAUAUAGGUCCAAUGGAGAUUGUAGACGAUGAUGAUGUGGAGUUUUUGAUGGUUGUAGCAAGAGGUUCACAAGGUUACACAAAACUUUUUGUUACCGAGAGUCAAAUUGACGGAAGGGCCAAUCAACAAGGCGAAGAUGUUCAUGAUGAAGAACGGUCAAAUCAACCGACAGAUGAGUGGGCACAUCCACAAAGUUUUCAAGAGUUUGGAGGGAAUUAUGGUGUUGAUGAUGAUAAUGACGAGAACAUGGAUGAGGAUUAUGAUGUAGAAGGUAAUGAAGAGGAAGAGGAGGAGGAGGAGGAGGAGGAGGAUGAUGAUGAUGAAGACGAAGAAUUCUCGGGGUUUGGUGACGACAUAUACGGUGUUCCGAGCCAAGACGCUGGCAGAAGUCAAAGUCAUCCUUGCUACAAUGAGGCUGAAUGUAGCACAAGACGUCAUGGCUUUAUGAAUAUUGGAGCAUAUUCAAGUAACAUCCAUAAUCCAAAUCCAUUUCAAUGGGUUCCUGAGCCUGCUGUUGAUGUUGAGAAUACAGGUAUUACUAACCGGGCAACACAAAGGGGCAAUCGUUUGCAAAUAAUGGGUUUUUAUAACUCCAAGGCUGAAUUGAGAGCACUAUUUCGAACAUAUGCCUUGGAGACCGGAAUUCAGUGGAAGGUUGGUCACUCCAAUAACAUACGGUACGAGCUUAAGUGCGUACACCCACAAUGUAAAUGGCGGGCACGAGCGACGAGAGAGCAAGACGGAGACUAUUGGGUCUUACGACGUAUGGAUGAGACCCACACUUGUCCGCGAGAUCAAAUAUUGCCACAUCACAGACAAGCAGGUGCCGAAUCGUUAGGUAACAUACUUAAGUCCAUGUUCGUGGUUGAUCGUAUUUAUCGACCAAAGGAAAUUAUUUCAGACAUGGCAGAUAGGUAUCGGAUUGACAUAUCAUACACGCAAGCAUGGGGUGCCAAAACAUAUGCAAUAAAUGCAUUACGAGGAUCUCCGGAAGAGUCUUUCGGUAUAUUACGUGAGUACUGUCAUAAUUUGGAGCUUAAGAACCCAGGAACUAUGACACGUAUUGAUGUCGAUCUGGAAAAUAGGUUCAAGUUUUUUUUCAUGUGUAUGGGGUGUUCUAUACGAGGGUUCCAACAAUUCUGUCGUCCGGUGAUAUGCAUUGAUGCUUCACACUUAAAAGGAAAGUAUCUUGGGUCUCUUUUCAUUGCUGUUGCCAAGGACGGUAAUAAUCAAAUUUACCCACUUGCAUUCGGUAUUGGGCACAAAGAGGGACUAGAUACAUGGACGCCGUUUUUGACGUACCUUCGCAUGUGCAUUGGUGAUUUGCCGGAUUUGGCUAUUAUUUCUGAUCGUCAUCAUUCAAUAAUUGCGGCGGUCGCGAACGUAAUGCCUCACGCUCGUCAUGGGUUUUGUAAUUUCCAUAUCAAGGGUAACAUGCGUUCGCAGUUUAAAAAUACUAAACAUAUUGAAGGACUAUUUUGGAGAGCUGCUAAGGCAUAUCGUCUCACGGACUUUCAAGCCGCUAUGAAUAGAAUUGCUAGAGUAAAUCCCGCUGCAGCAACCUAUUUGACCGACAUUGGGUAUGACAGAUGGGCACGUGCGCACUUUGGAGGAUGGCGGUACAAUAUUAUGACGACCAAUAUUGCUGAGUCCUUCAAUGCUUUAACACGGACUGCUCGCGCUUUGCCCAUCACUAUAUUGGUAGAGUUUCUUCGAAGCACGCUACAACAUUGGUUUUUCAAUAGGCGAAACAUGGCUGGUCAGAGAUCUCACCCGUUAACACCAUGGGCUGAGGACAAGCUUGCUCGGCAUGUGUUCAAAUCUGCCAACAUGAUUGUUAAACCAAUCAACAUGCAACAAUACGAAGUUCAUGACUCACGCCAACAAGUUUUCAUCGUGAAUCUUCUAUAUCGAACGUGUGAUUGUGGAAAAUUUCAACGAUCCCAGAUUCCAUGUGCACACGCUGCCGCUAUCGCAAGGUAUAAUAACCUAUCAGACUGUGUAGGCUGGGUCAGUACAUACUACUCUACUGAAUAUUUACGUAGGGUAUACGAGGAAGAUAUUAAUCCACUAGGGGAUCAAUCAACUUGGGCACCAUCAAAUUUGCCUGUGAUUUUUCCUCCAGUGAUGGAGCAACGAAGGUCUGGUCGCCCUUCCAGUCAUGCAAGAAGACCUUCACAAGGAGAAGAAGUUCGACAACAAUACUGUAGUCGAUGUCACCAACCUGGUCAUACUCGUUUGAGAUGUCCGAGUCCAGCACCAAUGCCUGUGGUUAGCUCAUACCACACACCCAGUAACACACGAACUCGAGGUCGUCGUACUGAUGGUGCAACCCAUACGGUCGACUAGGUUACCAUGUUGGAUCUUCUAUUGGAUUUUGUACAUGUACACGAUGGCAAUGGACUUUAAUAUAUUGCAUGUUUAAUUUAA